AUGCCCAAUGGUCGACGCUAUGCUGGACUUGCACUCGCACUCAUCUCCAUGCAAGUUCCAAAGCUGGUGGUGACGUCCUCGAACUCCCCGACCUUCACGCUCAGUUUCGCCUCGGAAGCCCUUGCCGGAACCGAGUUGCCUCGGAACGAUUCGUCCUUUGCCUUCAAUGGCUCGACGUCCGACAUUGCGCGCCAGCUCUAUCUCCGACAUCAAGCAGGGGACCGGAUUGCUCAAGUGGUGCCGAAUUCCAUUCCAGCAGCUGUUACCGCUCGUCUAGUGCCUCUGAACAUCGCGUUCAAGCACUUGCCCGGGUUGCUCCAGCGGGCCUUGCUAUGGGACUCGGGGUACGUCAUUUCUCCAGUGAAUGACGCAGUGCAGAUCUGGACGUUAGGGGGUCGACCGAUGGCUCACUUGGCGGUGUCCGAGGUUGAGUUCCACACGACGGGGUGCACGGCCUUGAACUGUAGCCAACCGGACGGAACAAUGUACUACGCCAAUGAAUUUUGCACAGGAACGCAGAUGCUGACAACAGCCAAGUGUUUAAUGGAUACCUUCGAGUCGGACUCGAGUUCCCAUCUCGCUAUGUGGUCGGACGGAGGAGAUGUUGACAUGGUCCCGGAACUUCGAGCGGUUAUGCAUGGCUGGUUGGAUGCGUCCACGAAUAGUUCGUACCUCCUGGCUGCAGUGCAUACUGCCAGGUUGGAGUCAGAACCAGCCUAUGGAGUGUGCAAGAAAGAUGGCUAUGGAUCGCUUGUGGUGCCGUGCUAUUCGUUGAAACACGCUGCUGCAGAGAUUGUGGCAGUGAUGGCAGAACCGGUUGAAACGCCGUGGAUUACGACCUGGAUCAAGCAGUAUCAGGUGACUACUGAUACAUCGGUAAGCAGCGAAGGCAGCAGCAGCAGCAGCAAUCUCGGUGCCUUUCAUCCCUGGUUACUCAUCCCGAUCAUUAUCGCCGUAAUUGUAGCAGCUGGGUUGAUCUUCUUUGUCGUGUUGAGGAAGCGACGACAGUUGCGAUCCGUGUACUGGCAGCACGACUCGUUUCGAGAAAGUGAAGUCGCGGAACUUGGACGGAAGACGAAACUUACUGUGCCUCUUGCUACGCCGUACCAACACGGGACUGGGCAGCGGCAACGUCGCACCGAGCAACCGGUGGUUAAUGAGCAGGUUCCAACGCUUUGCUGCUCACCUGAAGAGAACGAUUGUCCGGUUGAAGAAGCUGUGCCUAUGGUUGGAGAAGUGGUAUCACGUUCACGACGAUACACGGCUCCUGCGUCAAGAAUCGACUUGGUAGUUAAAGAAGAACUUCCUGCAAUCUUAACGGAUGUACGAUCUACUCGAAGCAGCACCAUGUCAACAGCGCAGAGCCCUGUCUCAAGAGCAUCCAGUCGAGCUGCAGCUUGUAUUGCAACAGCAGAGCGCAGUCACUCAGCUCGUGGAGUUUCACCUCAUGCAGCUCGUCAAGCUGAAGCUCGGAGUGGGAACCUGAGAUCAGAAGUUCGUUCUACUAGAUCCUCGACGUAUUGUUAUGCACCUACUGGUCGAGAGUAUCUCCCGCAGCUUCGUGAGUCGGCGUCGAUGCCUCCGAUUCGAGAGUCAGUGUCAACUAUCCGCGAUUCCAUUCAAGCUGACCGUGCUCUGAUUCCUGCAAUGAGGGAGACGUUCUGUCGUUACUCUGCAGCAGACAACGUGCAGUACACGUUGACAACUGAUCCCAACCUUAUCGGGAAGCGAAUUGCAUGGGAGCGGAUUGAGCUGGAUCGCUUACUUUCGAGUGGUGCAUUCGGAGAAGUGUGGCUGUGUCGGUAUGCAAGCAAGCAAGUGGCUGUCAAGCGGUUGUUGCAGUCGAAAAAGCCCACGUUUCGCGAGACAGAAGCGUUUACAAGCGAGAUCCGACUGACUGCUAGCCUCGACCACCCUAACAUCGUGCGGUUCAUUGGUGUGUGCUGGAGCAGUCUCGAGAGCUUGGCCAUGGUGGAAGAGUAUCUGUCUCGAGGAGACUUGCAAAACUAUUUACAGCGGAAUAGCGAUCUCAUGACUUGGGCAUGUGAUAAAAUUGACAUGGCUAUUGGGGUAGCAAGAGCGAUUGCGUACUUGCACGGCCGCCAAGUCAUUCAUCGUGAUAUCAAGGCUCGAAACGUGUUGCUUACGAAGCGACUGCGGCCAAAGCUGAUUGACUUUGGGGCGAGUCGGCUCUGGGCUCCCAGCGACAUGUCAGCUGGCGUUGGGACACCUUUUUGGACUGCACCAGAGGUGCUCGAGAGCUCCGAGUACACUGAGAAGGCAGAUAUUUAUUCGUUUGGAGUGCUGCUAUCGGAGUUGGACACUGGUAAAGCUCCUUACCACAACAUGUUGCGGCCGAACGGGGAGAAGGCAAAACCUUUUCUCAUUUUGAAGAAGGUCGUCGACGGUUCAUUGCGACCGAGUCUCGUGACAGGGUGUCCCCAGCGGAUCCGCAAGGCAGCUGAAGCAUGUUUCCAACACGAUCCAAAGCUAAGACCGUCAGCUGCAGAACUGGUCAAACUCCUGGAUGGCUAA